AUGCAAGAACCUCCAAAGAACGUUGAAGAAUUCUUAAAGCUUCAAAAUUGGGAUUAUUGGCCAAGGGAAAUCCACUUUGGAGAUAAUGAUAAAUGGUUAUAUACUCUGAAGAAAAUAAAAGAGGAUAGUUCAUUAAGUUCAAUUUGUUCACAUCUGUGGGGAAAUGUCCCACGAAUAGAUAAUGGAAUCAUGAUCAUGGAGUCACGAUUAGAAGAAUGUUCAAUUCUUUUGAAAAACCAUGCCUCUAAAAUAUUUGAGUGGGACAGUGUAAUUUCCAGGACAAGUUCUCAAGGAAAAUUGGAAAGACACAAGGCAUUUCUAAGGAAGUAUCAUAAGAAAAAGAAGAUAAUGCUUUCAGAUGAAAUGAAGACAAAGAAGAAUAUAGAGGGUUGCAACUUCUCAGGAUUCAAAACAAAUGAGCUUACUCAACUACCCAGACAUUUGGAUGCUGAACGAAUUUAUCUUUUCAUUUUAAAAGCCCAUAACUUUCAUGAAAAAGGUUUUAAAAUGUGGAAGACUCAUUUUCUCUCAGAAGCAUCUAUUGCUCUUUUGCAUGAUUGCUUUUGGUGGUGGUUUCUCCAUAAAUUUAAGCCUGACAGAGAAAAUCAAGAUUUCUUGUUUGAUAGAAUUUCAGAAAGUUAUGUGACACUUUUCAUGAGCAUACCUGUAAGUCAAAAGGAUGCAUUCUUUCAGAUUUAUCCUGAUUGCUUGGCACAAGCUAUCUAUGCAACAUUCCAGGAAGCAUUUCCAGAAUCCAGUAAUCUCUUUAAUGAUGAAUUUAAAGAAGAUCUAGGGAAUAACAUUUUUCUUUGGUUGUCAGGUUUAAAACCUCGAAAAGGCUUUUGGACCCGCUGGAAACUGAAAGAACUCUCCACAACAACCAUACAUGGUAGCAAGAAAGUACCUUCAGAUUCUGUAAAGGACAGUAUUGCAAGGAGUCAAAAAUGCGUAUCGACUUCUGUGGACUUCAACAUGGUGAAAAUUUUGAAGAACCCAAGAGCGUAUACAGUGUCCACAUCCAAGAAAGAUCCAAGAUUAUCAAGACUAACAACAAAGUCCCAUUAUAGUAGCACUGGUCCAGAGUUUAACUGUGUGCUCUUCAAUUUUGGAGGUCAGAGUCCCCUGAUUCUACAUUAUCUUAAAAUGCAUGAGCUACCUGGUAUUUCCAAAGCCCCUAGACAAACCAAGUUUAAACUCACUGAAAUAUUACAAGAACCACCACCUGCUCCAACUUACCAUGAUAUUAUAAAGGAGGCAAAAAAACAAUUUGCGAAGAUCCAAAAGGACUUUAGGAUGGAAAAGCACAGAAUUAAUGAAGAAAUAAAACUCCUAAGACAGCAGCAGGAAAGAAUUGACAAGGAGCUUGAUAGACUCCAAGCAAAAGCUACCAAGAAACCUUACGAAGUUAAGGAUGACUUUGAGAAGUUCCUACAUAAACUGCGUUCUGAAGCUCAAACUGAGAGAGAAUUUCUGGCAUCACUAUCAUCAUCAUCAUCAUCAACAACAGAAAACUACAACUUUGAGGAAGAAGAAGGUCAAGAAAAACCAGAAAUCAACUGUAUUUAA